AGUGUCUCAAAGCCACAUGUGGCUCGUUCCCUCAGGUGGGAAGGAGUCGAACUGUGUUUGAGGCGGGCGGUAAAGCUGCUGUCUUGGUGCGGAGUUGGGUUUUUCGAGGAGGUCUGUCAGAGAGUUUCCCGCGGAUUGAGAAGAAACAGGGAGAGAGAGAGGGACAGACAGACAGCCCCUUUUUUUUUCUCCCGCGUGUGCCUCUCUAGCGAACGGCCACGCCAUGCACAAUGAGAGCUGCGCUAACAUUACGGAGGUGAUCGCUGGCGCCGGGCCGGCAGUCAGCGCCUUCAUGUUUGUCGCCGGCGUCCUGGGCAACGUGUCGGCGCUGGUGGUGCUGGCGCUGCACAAGAGGGGCCGCCGCAGCGAGGUGUCCCUCUUCCACAUCCUGGUGAACAGCCUGAUCAUCACUGACCUGAUGGGGACCGUGCUCAUCAGCCCCGUGGUGCUGACCGCCUACGCCCACGGGGUCUCACUCACCAAGCUCCGGCUCUGCGACUACUGCGCCUUCGCCAUGGCUUUCUUCGGGCUCACCUCUAUGUUCAUCCUGUUCGCCAUGGCCCUGGAGCGCUGCCUGUCCAUUGGUUGCCCUUACUUCUACUCGCGGCAUGCCAGCAGGCGCACCGGGCUGGUCGCCAUCCCGCUCAUCUACAGCUUCUGCAUCAUCUUCUGCUCCCUGCCGCUCUUCCAGUUCGGUAAACACGCUCAGUACUGCCCGGGGACCUGGUGCUUCAUCAUGAUGCACACCAGCUCGCUGCGGACCGAGCACCGCGUCUACUCCCUGUCCUACGCCAUCCUCAUGAAGGUGCUGAUCGUUUCCAUCUUGCUGUGCAAUGUCUCGGUUAUUGUCAACCUCUGCCGCAUGUACCAGAGGCAAAGGACACGGAGAUGCUCCAGGGCGCCCAACACGAGGAGCGUUCGCGGCUCUCAGUCCGAGGAAGUGGACCACCUGGUUCUUUUAGCCAUCAUGACGAUAACUUUCGUGAUCUGUUCUGUGCCCCUCACGGUUCGCGCAUAUAUUGGGGCAAUUUCUCAGAAUGAGCAGAACUAUGCUGCCGACCUUACGGCACUCCGAUGCUUGUCAUUUAACUCAAUAAUUGAUCCUUGGGUUUUUAUUAUUCUGAAUACAUCUGUCGUUAAAAAGACAUUGUCCAAGUUAUUGUGCUGUAAAAUGACAUCUAGAGGACACCAAGUGCAGACUACAGCUUUCAUAAGGAAUGAAACAUUUCAGUAAGAGUCAUUUUGAAGCAGACAGUCCUGAUGCUUUAAUCAUAAUGAAGGUGAUGUUUCCUGAAAUCAAGUGGUCAUCAACCAAUUUGUUUGAAAGAAGUCAGCAUGUGGCAACCUGUACAGAAGACUUGGUCCUGACAAUCAAACAGACACUGACUGUCAAACUUCAUAAGCCUGAAAUAAUAACAGAAAGUGCUGGAGAAAAUCAGCAGGUCUGACUUCAACUGUGCAGAGAGAAAUAUAGUUAAUGUUUCAAAUCCAAUGUGACACUUCUCCACAUUUAUGCCAUUUUGAUUUAUUUUAUGCAUUUGGGAAAAGAACUUGCAUGUUCACACGUUUAAUUUCAGAAAAUGUAAAAGUAGGUACAGUUUAAAUUAUUUUUCUACACGAACGUUUUGAAUUUGUCAGUCUUUUAAAAAGUAUUUAACCUUCCCAGUACCAUUCAGGUUAUUUGAUGUUUCCUUGCUAUGUAUGCAGUUUGUUUCCACAGUUAAAUGUAGAUAUGUACAUUUUGCUAGAUCUAUUGAAUGAGGAUACUGAAGCUAAAAUCUGCAACGUGUGCCAUACUUUAUGAACAAAGUAAACAUAGUUAUUUAUUCAGCUUGUUUUAAACUAAGACUAACUAAUUAAGACUGACUAUGUCACUUAGUACCAAGCUGACGUUUGAGUCCGGAGAACAGAAUAGGAUGCACUGUAAUUAAUAGUUGACUAAUGGGUGUCUAUCUCUCUGUGCUGGAACAGAUUCACAAAACAGUCCCAAAUGAAAGCCAGUUGAACAGUUGAUAAUUCUUUACCAAUGCCCAGUACCAUUUGGAUCUGGAUUGCGGCCAUUAGGCUAAUUAGAUGAGCUUAAAAAAAAGUCUACUGACCUGCUAAAAGAACACUUUAUAUUGAUUCCUUUUAUUGUAUAGUUAAAACAUCUUUCACUUAGUCAAAAUUUGACUUAUUGUGUAUUUUUUUAAAUUAAAAAGGUUUUGAUUUUGACAUUUUUAUGUUACAAAUGUUCAUUUGGAUAACUUGCAUGUUUGCUUUUGAAUCCAAAGUUUUGUAGACUUGAUUUAGAACAUUAUAUGCUGUUUAAUAUGGUGAUUCCAGAAUUGCAGAUAUUUUAAAUGAAUUUCAAUUAGCGAAAACAUAGUUUUGCAUAGUCAUUGAUUUAAUUUAUGGAUUGGUCACUUAUGGAACCAGUCUGCUUCGGAAACCAGUUGAUGGAGUAAGCCUUCAGAUAUGGACAUGAUAAAAUGUUUCAAAUGUACAGUAGAUGUUGACUAAAUUUAGCGAAAAUUGGACAAAUGCACUAAAAUAGUACAUCAGACGUUACAGGGAUGAUACAGGUCUAUCAACUUGUACCUGAAAUUUCAUUAAUGCAGUAUGAUCGUAGAUCAUAGAAUCACUAGUGUGGAAGCAGGCUCUUCAGCCCAACAAGUCCGUACUAAUCCUCAAAACAUCCCACCCAGACCCAUCCCCCUAUAACCCACCUAAUCUGCACAUCCCUGAACACCAGGGGCAAUUUAGCAAUGCCAAUCCACCUAACCUGCACAUCUUUGGACUGUGGGAGGAAACCAGAACACCCAGAGGAGACCCACACAGACACGGGGAGCAUGUGCAAACUCCACACAGACAGUUGCCCGAAGGUGGAAUCAAACUCUGGUUGCUGGCGCUGUGAGACAGCAGUGCUAACCCCUGAGCCGCCGUGCCAAACCCAUUGUUAUAGAGUGUGUUAUAGAGUGAAUAUAUAUUUCUAUUUUUGGUUACACACUGUUUAAUGGAAUCUCUCUAACAUUGUAAACGGAUUUUCUAAUGAACAUGCAGGGAGGCUUUGUUUUUUUUUUCAUUUUUUCCAUUCUUUCAUUGGAAUGUGGGCAUUACUAGCUAGGCUGGCAUAGAUUUCCUAUCUCCAACAGCAUUUGGGAAGGUCGUGGUGAGCUGUCUUCCUGAGCCACUGCAGUACUUGGGACACCUGAAGUGACGUUGGGGGAUUGAAGGGAGAGUUAGGAAAGUAUUCAGUCAUCACAGCAUGGAGAAAGCUUGAUGAACAAUUGAUCUUCACCUUCACACUAAUUACAUAUGAGAACACAAAUUAAUGCAGCAUUGAAAAUAUCAACUGUUGCAGUAAAAGUUUCUAGGACACUCCUAAUACAGAUAUAAAACUUUGACAGGAUUCCCUUGGGUCAUGAAAAAUUUUCAAUGCCAAAUAAAGUCAUGAAAAUCUCCAGAAAAGGCCCAAAGUUGUGGAAUUUUAUAAAGACUAACAUGAGAUUUUCUGACAUUUGACAGAAUGCCAAUCUGUUCCAAUGUUUUUUUCUGAUGUAAACUUGCACAUCCCUCUCGAAUUCUUUGCUUUGCUUCACAUGUCUGGAACCUAGAACAGGUUUUGUUCUUCCUGUCAGAUCUUGCUCAUUGCCAAUGCUGAUUUAUGUAGAGACUUUCAGGACAACAGCAGUUAUUAACUGAGCAGUAUCACCAGUCCUUCUAUAGCCACGCCACUUUUGCCUGUCUUGUGUGAGGAAAACUGUUCAUUUUGGUGUAAGUUGAAUAUUUUUGUUGUUCAGGGAGCUGUAGACCUGGUGGCUGCUUUCCUUUGAACUGUAAGACUUUAAACUGAUUUAAACAGAGCAAGAAUAAACAUUUAUUGGAGAAGACAAAUUCUGGAAUAAUUUUGUAAUCGGUCGCCCAGACCUACUUGUUCCAAUCUUUCACAUGAGAUGCACUGAAAAUUUCUUAAUCAAUGUGGAAAUGUCAUGGAAUUUAGUUUUAUUAUGGGUACAGGAAACUUGUUAAGAGCUGCCAUAAAAAUGACAGUUCGAAUUACAAAUUAAAUACCUCAUUCGAAAGGCUUCAAAGACUUGCAGAGAAAUUUCGCUAUUUAUUUAGAAAUAAAAACUAGAUUAGUUUUGGGAAGAGGAAAAUGGUUUUAAGUUUCCAGUUGAAUAGCAGAGGUAAUCUCAAUGUGCUGAAAGGGUUUAAGCAAAAAACUAAUUUAUAUUCAUUAUCUUAAGACCAAUAUACAUAUAAUGAAUAAAAACUAUUUUCUGCAAAAUUAUUCUCUAUUCAUUUUUAUAUCACUCUACCUCAUUUAAGCUUUUAAAGGGGCUGUAGGUGUAUAGGAAAAAUAUUUUAGUAUUUUAUUAAGAAAUAAAGUUGUUCACUUUUCCUAAAGCCCAUCUCAAUUUGCAGAUCACCGAUGUAAGUUUAGAAUAGCAUUAAUAACAGUAAAAUAUCUGAUUACGCAAAAUGCAUACUGUGUUGAAUAAUAAAUGUCUUCCCUAGAUUAAUCCUUUAAGAAAAAAGUAUAAAUUUAUGGUUAGCUUUGGCUUAUAAAGUCUUCUAAAUAUGAUGACGAGCAUAAGUCAUGGUGUGGCAUAUAUUUUUGUCUUAUGUUGGGGGCAAUUGGCAAUGUAAUAGAUUCUUCACGUUUUUAAAAUGGGCCUUUUAUUUCUAACCACGUCUUAAGGCCCACUGCUCUGAUGACUGCCUCAGGAUUUGUUGCCAUCCUUCUCUUUCCCUUUUAUCAUUAUUUCAUGUCGUCAGGCAUGUAGCAAUAAUGCAGUGUACCUUUGUAGUCCCUUAUGCUUCAGUGUGCAUGGGGACAACAUUACUUUCUCACAUAUAAAAAAGAACUCUUGGUUAUAUGUAUUUUCACAUCCCAACUAUGAUGCUUGUGCUUAACAGAGCAAGUGUAAUUCCUGUGUUGUUAACCAAGAAGUUCAUUGCAUAACAUGUUUCAAAACAUUCUGUUUGUUUAAACAAAUUGUGCAAAUGAAUAACAACUUAUCGUACAAAAAUACAGUGGAAUGUAUGUUUAGCAGUACAUAGUUCAAUAUAUAUCUCCCACUCAUAAGUCUGCAGUGCUUAC